UUUGAUGUUUUUGCCUGUUGGCCACAUUCAUCUCCUGGGAUCGUAUCUGUACCCUGCCCUCCUUAUUUACCAUGGAUCAAAGAAGGUGCUACUGGAAACGUGUACAAGGAAUGCACGGCCAACGGAACCUGGAAACCUGAGGAGAAUUCCAGCAGCCUAUGGAGAAAUCAUUCAGAGUGUGAAAACCAUUCUUUUUUCAAGUCCGAGGAAGAAGAAGUGUUUCGGCAGUCUGUGCUGAGAGUCUUGUCCAUUGUAGGAUACUCGCUGUCAUUUUCCUCUCUUUGCUUGGCUGUUCUGAUCAUGAGUCUUCUGAGGAAGCUUCACUGUACGAGGAACUACAUCCACAUGAAUCUCUUUGCAUCAUUCAUAUUUAGAGCAAUAGCAGUAAUUAUUAAAGAGGUUAUAUUUAAAGUCAUGUAUACCAACCUGCCCAGGGAUGAGAUCGGUUGGAACAGCUACACAAAAUCUACGAUGUUAUUCGUCUGCAAGGCCUCAAAGGUGUCGCUGGAAUAUUUUGUUGGGUGUAAUUACUUCUGGCUGUUAGUGGAGGCGAUAUUCCUGCACACGCUGCUGUUCACUGCAGUUCUGACCAGGAAAAGACUUCUUAAGAAAUAUAUGAUUAUAGGAUGGGGUACUCCAUUACUGUUUGUGAUUCCCUGGACUGUUGCCAAAACUUUGUAUGAAAAUAAAAGCUGUUGGUUACAUAACAUCAGAUGGAUCUGGUGGAUAAUUAGAGGCCCAAUAACAUUAUCAGUGAUUUUGAAGUCGUUCCUCGUGUGUCACGUCUCAUGCUGGUCACAAGCUCAUGGGAACGAGCCGGAAAACAUGACAGUUACAACGGAUCAAACCGGUCGUUCUGCAUCACCGCUGGUUCUGUACAAGCAAUGUUCAAAAUGUGUUUGAACCCUU